UAAACACCAAAUUGUCUCUAGAAGCAAGGCAGAGGUUUGCCCAGACAACCCCGUGGGGGUUGUGGUGGGAUAUGCUAAUAAUGCCCAGCUACAGGGACCAGCCUCCCUUCCCAUCCCCCAAGAAUAUAUAAAGAGCCCCAACCUCAGCCACCGACCGACCGACCCUGGCCAACAGGCGUCUGUCCUUGUUAAUUACAGAGACACGAUCCCAAACCCUGAGCUCUGCCUGGGAUUUGCUGGCCUGCAGCAGCCAAGGCGUCCGGUUUCUCCCCUCUCUGCUGAAUCUAGGUAUCCCACCUGCCUCUCUGAAGAAUGGACAUGAUGGAUGCCUGCCAGUUCUCACCUUCUGAGUACUUCUAUGAAAGCUCCUGUAUCCCUUCCCCUGAGGGUGAGUUUGGGGACCAGUUUGAGCCAAGAGUGGCUGCCUUCGGAGCGCACCAAGCUGAGCUGCAGGGCUCCGAUGAUGAUGAGCACGUGCGGGCACCUACUGGCCACCACCAGGCUGGCCACUGCCUCGUGUGGGCCUGCAAAGCUUGCAAGAGGAAGUCCACCACCAUGGAUCGGCGCAAGGCCGCCACCAUGCGCGAGCGCAGACGCCUGAAGAAGGUCAACCAAGCCUUCGAAACGCUCAAGAGGUGCACCACGACCAACCCCAACCAGAGGCUCCCCAAAGUGGAGAUCCUCAGGAAUGCCAUCCGCUACAUCGAGAGCCUGCAGGAGCUGCUGAGGGAGCAGGUGGAGAACUAUUACAGCUUGCCCGGACAGAGCUGCUCAGAGCCCACCAGCCCCACCUCCAACUGCUCGGAUGGAAUGCCUGAAUGCAGCAGUCCUGUCUGGUCCCGAAAGAACAGCAGCUUUGACAGCGUCUACUGUCCCGACGUAUCAAACGAUAAAAGCUCCUUAUCCAGCUUGGAUUGUUUGUCCAGCAUCGUGGAUCGGAUCGCGUCUGCGGAGAGAACCGAGUUGUCUCUCCAGGACACAGCUUCUCUCUCUCCAGCAGCCAGUACGAAUUCACAGCCUGCAACCCCAGGACCCUCCAGUUCCAGACUUAUCUAUCAUGUAUUAUGAACUAUCACACCUGAGGAAUGAUGCCCCACAUGUCCGAAGGGAAGACAAGUUACGGAUAACAUAUGCUUUUCAGUUGUAAAUAUUAUCUUGCCACUUUAUAAGAAAAUGUAUUUAACUGAAAGUCAUAUUUGCAAUGAUGACUUUUCCUCUUCCUGUUUUUCUCUUUGUCUUCAUUUUUAGCUUCCUUUUGUUUUAGAUUCAUGGUUCCAAAAAUAUUUUUCUGAUGGGGACGAUUAAUUGACAGUUGCUUAUAGCAAUUCUUAACUUAUACAUAUAUAAUGUAAAUAUUGCUCAUCAAAAAUAACUUUGGUAUUUGGAUCUCUAUUUUUGUCUUCAAAAACAUUUUAAUAGCUUGGAAUCCAUUACAGGGAAUUCAAAAUAUAUUUAACUUUUACUCUUCUCUUUAAUCUCUUGUUCAUAUUGUAUCAAAUGAAAAUAUAACAAUGCUGCCUAAAAGUAUAUAUUUUCAUCUUUUCUUGUAAUGAAUACUUCUUUUCAAUGUAAGCAAUAAAUAGUACAUUGUGGAUAAUUUCAAAAUAUAAAAAUUUUGUGAAUUCCACUAUAAAUAAAAUUGUUUACUGAAACAAAUAUUUUGUUUCUUGGCUUUUAAAAAGAACAUCUUUAAUGCAAUUAACAAAUCAUGAACAUGAAGCCUUUAAAUUGAGGUUAGAGAUAAUCUCACAGUUGACCUUAUAGAUAAAUGUGGAUAUAAUUUACAAAUUUCUUUUAGAUCAUGUUAUGUCACCUAUGAAAAUAUCAUAUUUUUAUUUUAAACAUAUUUCAAGAAUGCCUGCUAAAUAAAGCCCCCCUGUCUUUGCUGAUACUCCAUACAAUGUCUAGUUGUAUAUGGGAAAGGAAAAUAAUUUUUUUCAAGAUAAUAUCAUUUGUUCAAGCAAAACGACUGAACAAUAUUAUGUCAUUUUUCUAUCUAUAAUACUUGGCCAAUCAUGAUCUAGGCUUUAUUAACUUUUUCUAUAUGCCUGAAAAUAGCUUGAUAAACAUACUAUUGUUACCAAUAAAAUAUUUAAAGGAAGUGGAUAAUUGUCUCAUAUUAUUAGAAAGCCAGCAUAAGGAAUCUUCACAACUAUGUAGCAAAGU